AUGAGUGUAACAUUAUUGUUUCGUCGUCUAAGGUUAACGCCAAUUCAAUUACGCGCAUACACUGAUCAGCCGAAAGCGUUGCGCAGUUUGAAACCCAAAUCUUCGCGUAACAAUGUUCAAUUUUAUGUUGAUUCGUGUAGAGUUAGAACCGUCGCUGGUAAAGGAGGCGAUGGCUGCAUAUCUUUCUUAAGUGCUUGGUGCAAAGAGCACGCUGGACCAGACGGGGGCGACGGUGGGCAUGGCGGUCACAUUAUUUUUCAGGCAACUCAUUCAAAGAAAAGUUUAAACCAUUGCAAAUCAGUAAUUGCCGCCAAGGAUGGAGAAAGGGGCUUUAAUAAAGACUGCCAUGGUAAAAAUGCACAGCAUGUUGUUAUAGAAGUCCCUUUAGGGACCAUAAUACGAGAUGUCUACGGGAGGGUUGUGGGUGAUUUACAGGACGAAGGGGCCAUGUUUGUGGCAGCGAGGGGGGGUGCUGGAGGGAGGGGUAAUAAAUUCUUUCUCACAGACACUGAGCAAGCUCCCGAUGUAGCGGAAUAUGGGGCUAUUGGGGAAACAGUGCAGUACUCCCUUGAGGUGAGAUCUAUGGCACACGUGGGACUAAUCGGCUUUCCCAAUGCUGGCAAAAGCACACUGCUAAGGGCUGUCACUAGAGCGCGACCCACAGUUGCCCCAUACCCCUUUACGACACUAAGGCCGCAUAUAGGUAUGAUACCUUACGACGACUACGAACAGGUGGCGAUAGCAGAUUUACCUGGCCUAAUUCCAGGAUCACAUAAAAAUAAAGGACUCGGUAUCCAAUUUUUACGACACAUCGAGAGAUGCAAAGGCCUCGUAUUUCUCUUGGACGGUACGAACGACCCGGUACAACAAUAUGAAGCCCUUAAUUACGAAUUAUCACAAUAUAAUGUAACAUUAAACCAGAGACAACGCUGCGUUGCCAUAAAUAAGAUAGACCUACCUGAAGUGAGGGAAAUUUUACCGGAGUUUAGUAAAAAGAUGAACGUAGUUGGAAUUUCAGCGAAAACGGGGUUAAAUUUAAAUGAAUUGUUAGUUAUUAUUAGGAACAUGUAUGAUAAUGUGUAA